CCUGCAUAUUGCCCCUAUUCCCUCCCUAAAAUGUAAUCGCCUGUGUAGAUUACUAUUGUCAGGAAGAAAGAACAUAUUGCUAUGGAAGAAAGGGCAGUUGAAGCGAUAAAGCACGCCCUGAAGGAACUCCGGAAGCGGCAUUUACUCGAAGAAGGGGCUCAUCUUCCUGCCUUCACCGCCCUUUCUCGCCCUCUUGUUCAGCAGGGCUCAGAAUGGAAAGAUAAAGCUGAACGUCUUGAAGUAGAGCUUCAACAAUGUUAUAAAGCUCAAUCUCGUUUGUCAGAGCAGCUUGUUAUUGAAGUGGCUGAGUCUAGAGCUUCAAAAGCUUUAGUUCAAGAAAAGGAAGCUGUAAUUACUGACCUGCAAAAUGAGCUUGGCCAAGCAAGGGAUGAAUGUUCUAGGCUAAGUGCACUUCUUGAAGAAAAAACCGAAGCUCUUGAAUUGAUUACUAGUGAGCACAAAGACAUUAAAGCAAAGCUUGAAGAAAUGACUGAAAAAGCUGAGAACGCUGAGGCAGAAAAUAAGAUGUUGGUUGAUCGCUGGAUGCUACAAAAAAUGCAGGACGCUGAACGCCUUAAUGAGGCCAAUUCUCUAUACGAAGAGAUGCUGGAUAAACUCAAGGCCAGUAAUAUAGAGCAACUUGCUCGUCAGCAAGUUGAUGGGGUUGUCCGGCGAAGUGAAGAGGGUGCAGAGUACUACACAGAGUCAACUAUUCCCACUUCCUGCAAGCAAAGGAUCACUGCUCAUGAAGGGGGCUGUGCUUCUAUCAUGUUCGAGUAUAAUGCAAGCCAAUUGAUUAGUGGAGGGCAGGACCAGACAAUCAAAAUGUGGGAUACCAACACUGGGUCAUUAAGCAAGACACUUCAUGGUGGUUUGGGUUCUGUUCUUGAUCUUUCUAUAACUCAUGAUAACCGAUCCAUCAUUGCGGCUAGUAGUUCGAACAACCUAUAUGUGUGGGAUGUUGGUACUGGCAGGAUAAGACACACUCUCACUGGCCACAAAGAUAAAGUGUGUGCUGUAGAUGUGGGAAAAUGCUCAAGCCGGCAUGUCGCAAGUGCAGCUUAUGAUCGUACAAUUAAAAUUUGGGAUCUAAUGAAAGGAUACUGUGUGAACACAAUUAUUUUCUACAGCAACUGCAACAGCCUUUGUUUCAGCCUGGAUGGACAGACCAUUUGUUCUGGUCAUGUAGAUGGGAAUCUCCGCCUGUGGGAUUUCCAAACAGGAAAGCUUCUGAGUGAAGUUGCUGCACAUUCUCAGGCUGUAACAUCUGUGUCAUUGUCCCGAAAUGGGAACAUGAUAUUGACAAGUGGGAGGGAUAACUUGCACAAUUUGUUUGACAUUCGUACUCUUGAAAUAUGUGGCACAUUCAAGGCAAGCGGUAACCGGAUUGCAUCUAAUUGGAGCCGAUCAUGCCUCAGUGCAGAUGACAGCUGUGUAUCUGCUGGGUUUGCUGAUGGUUCUGUUCAUGUAUGGUCAAUAUCGAAUGGUAAAAUUGUGAGCACACUGAAAGAACACACUGCACCGGUUCUAUGUUGUUCAUGGAGUGGCCUUGGUAAACCUUUGGCAACCUCUGAUAAGAGCGGGGUUAUAAGUAUAUGGUCAUGAUGACGGUGUAGCUACUUCUUAUGACAGAGGACAGUCAGUAUUGAUCCGUUUGAAAGUCACAACUCAAGGAACAUGACCGGCGGACAGUAAUUCUCACAAAUUUCAUCCCCAAAGAUAACUUCUCAUUAUCAAUGGAAAUAUAUAUUUGAUGCCGGAUGUAAAAACUGUAUAUAACUUUUUCUUCACCUUUUUGUUAUCCGUUUAGGCAAAUAUAUGUAUGGUGUCUUAAACUUCUGAAGUUCUUAUCAUCACUAGAGAUUCAACAAUGCAUUGAGGUAACAAGGAAAAUGUUCAUACAAUCUCUAUACAAGUUGGUCUCUGUCCUUGCCCUUGGUCUUCUUUAGUUGACACAACUUGUCAUCGUAACUAUUAGAACACCUUGUUCUUGGUAGGGUGGCUUCUGUGCUCAACACCUUUCCGAGGGAAUGUGAGAGAUUGAAGAAGAUAAUGUUGGAUAUGGAGAGCAAAAGUGUAAAACCGAGCUCUUUUAAUACUUCGCUCAAAUUAUAAGGAAAUUUCAUGCCAAAUUUAUAUGCGUAUGAUCAUUUAUGAACGAUUUUAAUGAGAGAAUUUUUCCUGCUAGAUAUUUUGACCAAUCCUACAUUCCUACACACAUUCUCAAAAAUACGAAAUACAAAUUGUCUUGCAGUUAA